UAAACGCUUACUAUAAAAUUUUAAACGCAAAUUUGAAGUGUGGGUUACGCAGGUGAAAGUCGUCUUCUUUGAAUCGUGAUGGCUCCGGCGUAUCUAAAGAUCUCUCUUAUGAUUCGCUGAACUCAGAUUCUCCUCCGGCAGCGAAGGAAGAAUUCACGGUUUUGUGUGAUUGGGUGAUGAAGAAAGAAGAUAACAGUGACGAGGUUCGAAGGAGCUUCAUCGAACUAUUUUUGCUUGAUUUUGUUAUUUCGUGUUUGUGUUUCUGGGGAAAUGGUGAUGAACCAUAAGGCGUCUAUUAGAGAAUUGAGUCUGAAAGUGAACGAACAGAAUCAGAGAAAAUGUGAUGUUAAGGAUAAGCUGCAGCAGUUGCGAGAAAGAAUAAGUGCUGAAGGUGUUGAUGUUUCAGUCGAGGAGUUGAUACAGCUUUUGAGAUCACUAAAGGAAUUAGAAAAGGAGGAAUCUGAAGUCCAUUCUAAUUGCAGUGCUAGGCGUUCUGCUUUAGAAGAUGCAGUUCAUGAUUUGGAGGAGAGAGUCGCUAAGGGGAAUGAUGGUGAGGUUCAAGAGGAAGAUUUAGAUGGUUUGUUGGUUGAAUCUUUUGAUAAUCUGACUUCAGCAAAGAAGGAGCUUGGAGCAACGCUAAGAGAAAUAGUGUCUCUGAAACGACAGAUUGAUGAUGUGCCAUGCCAAUCUGAACUCCUCCAACAUGAAAGAAGAUUCUCAGAGCUGAAUGUCUGUAUCCAGGAGAAACUUCAACAAACUAGGAAGCUAUAUGCAACAUACAAUGCCCUUUUAGAAAUCAAAGAUUUGAUGCUAAAGGAGACAUCAUUAUUGAAUUCAAUAGGUUCACAGUUUCAAGACGUUAUUGGUACUCCUGCUGGCCGUGGGAAGCUUAUUGAUUCAAUGGAAGGAGUCAUGAAAGGAAUCCAACAGAAGAUAGGAAAAGUACAACUUGGGCUUCAAGAAGAGCAGAGGCUUCGUGAUGCUUCAAAAGAAAAGUAUAUAGCUGCAGCUGCAGAGCAAAGGAAAUGCUACUCUGUACUAAGAACAUUCCAGGAGGAAUGUACUGAGAAUGAGAGGCUGAGUCAAAUAUCUGCUGCAACCACCUCUAACUUGAAAGAAGGGUGUUGAAUAAGAUGAUAUGAAGUGACCUUCCUUUCGAGUUACAGCGAACCAGAGUUGAUUUAGACAUGAUUCUCUUGUGAUGUUUGUAUCCAUACGCUCAGCGUUACACAAAAAUAUAUGAAAAUCUAUUGGCUUAGAAAGAGCAGAUUUGGUUGACCAA